CUCUGCUCUUCCUAAACAAUAUCUUUCUCCACCAAUUGCAACUCCAAUCCAAGAAAACAACAAAAAUAGUACAAACAAACAUAUAUUCUCCUUCUACCAAACCAGCUUUCAAUCAUUUGUGCAUUGUAUUAUAAAAUCACCUUGUUGUCUAACAACAAGUGCUCUGCUCACUUACUUUCUUGUUUCUCUUGUCCAUGGCUCCAAUCGGUUUUGCUCUUUGUCCAAAAACUUCAAUUUUCUUUCCUUCUUCCAAUGUGGAAGAAAGGGUAUCAGGAAAUUACUUGUAUGCUAACAAGCACAUUAGCAAGACUGGUGUGAUUGCUAGUUAUGGUGGUAGUAAGCUAAUGGCACAAUCAACAGUUACUACUACUUCUAGUACUAGUGUUAGCACUAGUAGUAGGAGUAGUGAAAGAACCAAUUUUGGGUUCAAGAAUUUGGCUGAGACUUUUUGGGUUGAUGUACAAAGAGCAGAAGGGAGGCCAUUAAAUCUGGAACUAAUUGCACCAUUGAGUGUGGGGUCAAAGAGUGUUGAAGAAGUGGAGAAUGUGGCUAUCAGAGUUGAGCUUACUAAUGGGUGUGUUGGGUGGGGAGAAGUUCCAGUCUUUCCUUCAGUUACAGCUGUGAAUCACACUGUAGCUCUUGCUAAAGCCAUGGAGGCAUGUGAAUUUCUGUCUUGUAGCUCUCCUAUGGUACUCAGUUUGGUGCUUAGCGAAAUUGGUGGCAUUCUUCCAGGACCUGAACUUGCUUCUGUGAGGGCCGGAGUUGAAAUGGCAUUGAUUGAUGCAGUUGCUAAUAGUAUUGAUGUGCCACUGUGGAGAUUAUUCGGGGGCGUAGCAAAUACCUUAACCACAGGUGUAACACUCCCAACAGUUUUUCCUGCAGAAGCUUACUCUCAAGGAGCUUCAAAGUAUUGCCAAUCAGGAUUCAGGACCUUUAAGCUUAAAAUAGGGAAGAAUACUAGUGCAGAAAUCAAAGCUCUUCAAGCCAUACAGGCAGCUCAUCCCCUUUGUUCAUUGAUAUUAGACGCAAAUGAGGCAUACACUUGUCAAGAGGCCAUAGAAAUUCUUCAGAAGUUGUAUGACUCAGGGAUAACACCUGCUGUCUUGGAACAACCAGUUCAUAGAAGUGACUGGAAAGGUCUUGGAGAAGUUAGUAACUUUGCAAGAGAGAAGAAGUAUGGGAUAUCUGUUGCUGUCGAUGAAACCUGCCAGAGUCUGAUUGAGGUCCGAAGAGUUAUCAAGGAAAAUUUGGCAGAUGCCAUUAACAUCAAACUAGCAAAAUUUGGAGUCAUGGGUGCACUUGAGAUCAUUGAGUUGGCAAGAGAAUCAGGCGUUAAACUGAUGAUUAGUGGCACAGUAGAGAGUAGACUCGCUACAGGUUUUGCUGCUCAUCUUGCUGCUGGUCUAGGCUGCUUCAAAUCUGUCGUCCUAGAUAUGCCAUUUCUGCUUUCUGAAGAUCCUGUGAUUUGCGGUUAUGAAGCUUCUGGUCCAGUUUACAAGUUCUUAAAUGUUAGAGGCCAAGGAGGUUUCCUCAAAUGGGACUUCUCAUCAUGAUGAAUCCGAGGAUUUAGUUAAUCACCACAAGAUGUUCUAUAAAUAAUGGCCACAGUGAUUGUUUACAGAUGUUGCAAUUUCAAUUUGAGGAUGGUGCCCAGAGUGAUUGAUCAAAUAGUAAAGCAAAGGCAGCACUUAUGGGAAACAUCCUUUUUUGUACAUUGAUGAUGUGUGUGUUGUGGUCGUGGGUCUCAUGAUUAUUCCAUAAAUGAUUAAAUUAAGAAGGGAGAGCCUAUUUCCAUAA